AUGUCUAAGCCCCGCCCUGGGCUUCGAGCUGCUCAAGUACCACAGGCCGGGAGGUCCGCGAAUUCGAGACCGAUGGUGCGAAAGCGCAAAGGCCGGCCAGCACAUCAAGUUGCUGAGCUUCUGGGCUGCACGACCUCCGGCAAGAGCUGGGACACGGCCGGCGUGGACUGCGUACGGAUCGUGGAGACCUACUUCUCCUCCUUGCCGAAGACGACGACGCGAGCGGGUCAGCAGCUCAACGGCCGGCUGGGCAAAGUCACCCAGCUCGCCGCCGCGGGCGACGAGCUGGGCCGCCUGGAGGUCUCAGUGACAGGCUCAGACCGCCUGCUGCGGCUAAAGCCGCAGAACCUGCAACUUCAGGAGGUGGAGGACUCCGAGUGGGCACCGGGAGAUCAGGCGCGCCUGAUCGGGCUGGAGGAAGAGGACAAAGAGCUACAGAAGCUGAACUGCUGCCUCUGCUCGCUGGAGCGGCGCGUGACCAAAGGCAAGUGGCUGGUCAAGGUGCAGACCAAGAGCCAUGUGAUCCGCUGUCACAACCUGCGAGUUUGCACGCAGGAGGAGUGCCGGCGCUGGGGGACCUUGGGCCCCUGGCCUGUGCGGCUCUGCCUCUCAGCGGUCCUCACCGCCGCCGUCCUGCUCAGCUCCGAGCUGGUGGGCCGGAGGCUGCACUACCUGGCCGGCAGCAGUGAUGUCCCGGGGCCUGUGGUGGCCAGCGUGCCGCUGCUGGCGACGCUGGGCUCUUUCCUGUGGAUACUGGUAACCGUGGCCGGUUGCUACCGCAUGCACGAGUCCCUGCAUGACCCAGAGGUGCGGUUCCCCCAGAUCUCGGAGCUGGCGGUGGGGCCGCCGGCCGCCAAGAUGCUCUACAGGCUGGGCUUCGCCUCGAGCGCGCUGCUGCUGCUGGCGGUGGUGCAGCUGCAUCAGCACCUGGCGCUGCCCCACCUCCCGGGAGGUCGCGGCGGCGAGGCGGGCGAGAACUUCACCUACUACGGCUUCUGCGCGGCCUGCGGCGUGGGGCUGCAGGGCUUGCUGCUGCUGGAGCCGCAGCUCAGCGCGCAGACCCUGGCUCACCUCACGGGCGCCAUGGCUUUCUUCUACGGCGCCUGGUGCCACAUGGGCGCUGCUACACGGCUCUACCUGCCGCAGGGCCUGCCGGAGGACAACCCUGGCUACCAAGAGGCGCAGCUUGCGCUGGAAGAGGCGGCCGACUCCCAGCUGCUGGCGAUGCCGGCGGUGCAGGUCUUAGUCUUCCUGCGACACAAGGUGCUGAUGCGGGGCCCGAUGCUGGUCUUCCUGGUCCCUCUCUUCUCACAGCUCAGCGAGCGCUCGGGGGCCGGCCCAGCGCAGAGCGCCAAGAUGCGCAGCCGGAUGGGCUUAGCUCAAUGGCUGGUGGUGUUGAAUUUCGCCCUCAUCUUCCUGUCCUACGGCCCGGAGCUCGCGGCCGCAGCCUACUUGCCGGUUCCCGAACCCACGUAA